CUAUAUAAGCAUGAACCUCACCAAGCAUAACUCACCAACUCUUUCAUUCUUCUCAAUCUCUUCCAGUUAAGCUCCAACAAUGGCUACUUCUGUAUCGAAAUCUGUUACAGUUAUCUUUUCUGUUCUUCUUCUAUCUUUCUUUCUCACAGUCGAAUCCCAGAAGUUUUCAAGAAACCUAUCACAACGAUCUUUAGGUUUGAGAAAACAGAAACUGAGCCAUUUUCGUUUCUACUUCCAUGACAUAGUCAGUGGCCCCAAUGCCACCGCCAUCAGGAUUGUUGAAGCUACCAGAACCAACCGCACUGCCGCCACCGGUUUUGGUGACAUCAGCAUGAUCGACAACCCUUUGACCAUCGGCCCUGAACGGAACUCGAGGUUGGUGGGUAGAGCACAAGGGAUGUAUACAUCAGCAAGCAUAAACGAAAUGGGUUUGUUGAUGGUUAUGAACUACGUAUUUGUAGAAGGAAAGUAUAAUGGUAGCACGUUGAGUAUAGUUGGCCGGAAUCCGGUGAUGUCGCCGGUGAGAGAGAUGCCGGUCAUUGGAGGAAGUGGGCUUUUCCGGUUUGCACGUGGAUAUGCAGAAGCAAGCACUCAUACUUUUAACAUGAGCAAUGGUGACGCUGUCGUGGAGUUCAAUGUUUAUGUUUUCCAUUAUUAAAUAUUUGUAUUUUUUGAAAUUUUAUUUUGUAUGUUGUUCAAGUUUUGAUUUUGUUUUCCGGAUUCUGUAUUUUUUGUGAUAAUAAGAUAUAUAUACAAUAUUCUUUUUA